AUGAAGACCACCGCUCUCAUUUCCUUGCUUGGCCUGUCCGGCAGCGCCCUGGGUGCCGCCGUGGAGAAGGGCAACGGAAACACGCCCUUCGGCUAUAAGUCUGGUUCGAAGGAGUCUAUUGACAACCUGAAGGGCAAGAUCGAGAACGUUGUCUGGGUUCUCUUGGAAAACCGUGGAUUCGACAACAUCCUGGGUGGUGUGAAGAAGCAGGGUUUGGACAACGUUGUCAACAAUGGUCCUUUCUACAACCUGGAGGAUAUCGCCAACCCCAAGAGCAAGAAGUGGUCCACUCAGUCCAAGAACUAUGAUUCGGUCCUCAAUGACCCCGACCACACACUCACUGGUACCAACUUCGAGCUCUAUGGUCAAUAUAGCCCCAGCAAUGAGGCCAUUGCCAAUGGCACUUUGACUCCCGACCUAUCGGGCUUUGUCAACCGUCAAAUUCUUCGGCACCCCAAGGUCUCUGCUGAGCGCGCAACUGAUGAGGUCAUGGGAUAUUACUCUGAGAGUCAGGUCCCCACCAUCGUUGACAUUGUUGAUGAGUUCACUACCUUCAACAACUGGCACUCCUGUGUCCCUGGUCCCACCAACCCCAAUCGUCUCUGUGCGGUCUCUGGUGUUACCGAUGGCCACGGCAAGAACGAUGAGGACUUCGAUGUCUCCGCCAUCCCGGCCACCAGCAUCUUCGAGGCUGCCUCCGAGAAGGGCAUCUCGUGGCUCAACUACGACGGCACCAACGGCGCCUUCCUUCCUGAUUCCAUGUUCUUCGACUGGACCGCCAAAAAUGCCAAGAGCAACGUCGUCCCGGCCGCGAAUUUCUACCAGGAUGCCUACCUGGGCCUCCUCCCCCAGCUAUCCUACAUUAACCCCUCCUGCUGUGGCCUGAACACCAACUCCAUGCAUCCCGCCGGCAACGUCUCCUUCGGUGAGGUUUUCCUGAAGCAGAUCUACGAUGCCGUUCGCACUGGCCCUCAAUGGGAGAAGACUCUCUUCCUUGUCUCCUUCGACGAGACCGGUGGGUUCUUCGACCACGUCGCUCCCCCUCUUGCCGUUCGCCCCGAUAACAAGACCUACACCGAGACCGCGUAUGAUGGCAGCUCGUACACUUUCAGCUUCGACCGUCUCGGUGGUCGUAUCCCCACCUGGUUGCUCUCUCCUUACGCCCCCAAGGGUCACGUUGAGGGCUACGGUUCUGACCCCGUCACCGGCGAGUCUGCCGCAUACAGUGCUACCUCCGUGCUCAAGACCCUCGGUUACUUGUGGGACCUGAAGGAUCUGAGCCCUCGUGUUGAGCACUCGCCCGCCUUUGACCACCUCAUCGGCCCCAACUCCCGCACUACCCCCAAGACUCUUAAGAACCCUCACACUUUCCCCGAUGCCAUUUGA